CAGGCACUGUUCACACGCCCUACAUGUAGCACGACAGCUAUACGCACCGCGGAGAAACAACAGCGCCUUCAUCAUCACUAACACCAUCACCAUCGUCAUCGUUACAGCUGCAGUUUUUAAAUCUGCUUCGUCAUUGAUUUCCGGUCGCGGAUCGAUGGGCGUGGUCUGUUAUUGACAGGUGCGCGUCCAUUUUCUUUGAGUCGUUUUUCUCUCCGGACAUGAUGAGAGAGGAGCACCGGCCACUUUAUUAGGUCAAUGAUGACACCUUGGUAUAUUGUCUGACACCUCCCAAUCCCUAACCAUAUCACCAUGGCAACAGGAAGAAAAGGCUCUACAUCCAAAGCGGGCGGGGUGCAUUUCCCUGAUGACCACGAGCUACCGGGGUCUCCAAAACGGAAAGACGAUCCUGCAAACCAAUCGACUCUCAUUGCUGUUCUGGAGAAGGAUGGAAGCUUCUUGGUCAAGGUGGGUUUCCUGAAGAGCCACAACUGUUAUGAGAUUAUCUUCAGUGUCCCAGAUGCACCAACGCUAGGCAAAGAGCUUACCUGUCUCCCCUCCUGUUCCCCAACCCGAAAGUCACCCAACCUCAGGGUCCAGCGUAUCAUCUCCUCACUGGAAGGAGUGAAGGUAAUGUGUGAGUACAGGACUCACCAUGAGGGGAUGCUGCAGGAGGAGGUGACGCUGGUAACCAAAGGGAAAAAAGAGAGAAGUCUGAAGAUCAGACUCCAGGCCAAAAUCAUUGACCCUCAUCACGGGACUCCCAUGUUGCUGGAGGGGGUUCGAUGUCUGGGUGCGAGGAAGCACAGCAGUGAUCGAAAGAGGAAAUGACAAUACUACUUCUUCAACACAGCAGGAACUUCUAUCACUCUGGCUCUACACAUUUAUGAUUGCGAGUAAAUAUUUUCAGGGUUAAAACAAAAUGUCAAAGAGUUCUCAGUUAAAAAGCGUAAAUAUCACCAGCUGUUUACAGUUUACAGUAGGGCUGAAUGUGUUUGUUUUUUUACAUAUAUAGUGAUUAUAGUUGUAAAAUCUACUUAUAAUUCCAAAUUCUACUUAUAAUUCCAAAAUCUAUUUAUAAUUCCAAAAUCUACUUAUAAUUCCAAAAUCUACUCAUAAUUCCAUAAUGUACUUAUAAUUCCAAUAAUGUUGGCGAUAAUUCCAGUAAUGUUGAUGUUACUGAGAGAGAGAUCAAUGUUUUCUAAGGUAUAAAAACGUUUGAGAACCACUGCGUUAAACAGUCAAAAUAGAAACAUUGAAUUUUUCGGCCUUUUGCGUUUGCGUUCAAAAAAAUUUGGAUUAUAUUUCCAUAUGAAAACAAAGAUUUGUUUAGCCCUAAAAGGUUUACAGCCUCUGUUUUUGGAGAACGAGCAUGCACACACGCACACACACACAGGUUUCCAUGACUUCAGAGGACAUUGCAUUGACUUACACUGGUUUCCUGGACCCUUACACUAACCUUAACCAUAAUUUCUACUGGCCUAAUCCUAACCCUGACCCUUAACCUUAACUCUUACUAUUACUAUGUUAAAACGUAUAUACAGAGGCUAUUAGAAUGUGCAAUAUAGACAGUAUUAUAUAUAAUUUUUUUCAGCACAACCUAUAGACAAUGUGAUGAAUUUAAUUAUUUAUUUUUUCAUUUUCACCAACUGUAUAAACACACCCGUGCAAAAAGUACAGAUUAAGGUCCCCACAAUAUAAGGAAUACCAGGUACACACACUCACACACCCACACUUCGGGAUUAAAAAUGUAUCAAUAAUCAA